ACCCAGUAUCGAUUGGACCUUAGGAAAUCGGUGUGAGGACAGAGUCAGGAAUUGCGCGACCAUGUGACAGUCGCGAUAAGUUCAUUGACGUGGGUGGGAGCAAUAAUGAGAUAGAGAUAUAAGGAGCCUUCUUCAAUACCACUAUCUUCAUUCAUUGCAUUCGCAAAGUACAUCUCCUGCGAUGGUGGAACCAAAGGUAGAACUUGCAUCGAUCUCGCUCUUCCGUGCGACGCCUGCACAAAUUGAAGAGACACGACGCCGAAGGUGGCCACACUUGGGUGGUACCCUGAGUCUUGCGGAGUACAUCAAGCGAGAUGAAGAUAUGGAUGUUCUAGAGCAUGCAAAGGAGGGGAAAAUGAUCACCUGGGUCCUGGCACCACGGGAGGACCCCACGACACUCGAUUUCAUGUGUGCUUGUAGGACAUAUAAGCGAACAAGUCUCGUUGCUUACCCUCCUUCCUCUCCUUCUGAACCCAACUCAGUGCACGAAACAACCUCAUACGGCGUUGCCGCAGUCUUCACCCCGCCCUCAAAACGCGGGCGCGGCUAUGGAAGACACAUGAUGCGUCUCCUGCAUUGGGUGACCGCCUCACGUGAUAAUCUUCCUGGAUUCCCAGAGGCGUGGGGCACACCACCGGAAGAGGUAGCGGAUGCUGGUGCGGGGCUAUUCUCGGUGUUAUGGAGUGAUGUUGGAGAGGAAUUUUACCACUCAGCGGGUCCUGGGGGUGAAGGAGGGGGGUGGGAGAAACGGGGACCGGUGUCGACUGUAUGGGAGGUGGGCACGGAGGAGGGGGAUGACGAGGGAUGGGAGUGGCUGACGCAGGAACAGCUAAAGGGUCUUUGGGACCAUGAUGCUAGGUUGAUUAGGAAGGAGCUAGAGAACAUGCUGGUGGAGAACACGCUGUACGAUGUGGGGCGCCCAACGGCACUUGUGACAUGCUUGCCAACAAGUGGUGUCGCAGCAUUUCAAAUCCCUCGAGCGACGUACGGCUCGAACUUUUCUAUGGCAGGUGGAUUCUGGGGUGUACGGUCCUUGAGGAACCCAGACACAUACGCAAGCUGGAGCGUUGAAAUGCAGCCUCACCCACCCACGUUGAUCGUCACGCGGCUCCGGGCCAGCAAAGACACGUUUCCUGGAUUGAUCGCAAAAAUCAAGCAGGCGGCUAGACGAAGUGGAAUUCGGAAAGUGGAAGUGUGGAAUUUGCAAGUACGAUUGAGGGACGCUGCGGAGAAAACAGGUGGGCAGACCUUCAUACGAAGCGAACAUUUGCCACAGAUUGUGUGGUAUGGACCUGGGAUUACGAAGGACGUGGAGUGGGUGCACAACGAAAAGUUCUGUUGGUGUUGAUGCGGCAUAUUUCCAUAGGCUCGUGUGCUGUUGCUUCUCAAAAGUUUUGAUAGAUUGAGAUUUUGAGUCCUGGUCACUAGUACCCCUGGACUGCCAAGAUCUCUAGUGCCAGUGGAUUCCAGUUUGGAAAACAUCAAUCUCAACGUCAGAGAUCAUUUCCAAAAAGGACCCGGCACCCUAUGCACACGUGACCUGAAUUAGACUUUUCA